AUGGCAAAGCCAGUAAUGUGCAUUGUUCUCACUCAAAUCGUCCUCGUUGCCUUAUUUCAUCUUUGUAUGAGUUCUCAAACCAAAGAAUGCACGAGCACAUCCUCCCUCUCCCCUCAGUUUUACGACAACUCGUGCCCUAAAGCCCAAGCCAUUGUCCAAUCUUUCGUCGCCAAAGCACACUCCAACGACCCUCGCAUGGCAGCCUCAUUGUUUAGGCUUCAUUUCCAUGACUGCUUCGUCAAUGGAUGUGAUGGUUCUUUAUUAUUAGACUAUAGUGGAACCAUAGAAAGCGAGAAACGAGCAGACACAAACGUAGACUCUGCCCGAGGGUUUGAAGUCAUCGACGAUAUUAAGUCUGCCUUGGAAGAUGAGUGUCGCCAAACAGUUUCUUGCGCUGAUAUUUUGGCUCUCGUUGCUAGAGACACUACUGUUAUUACUGGUGGCCCGAGUUGGGAAGUAUAUUUAGGAAGAAGAGAUGCAAGGGAAGCAAGCUUGAUUGCUUCUAACAACAAUAUUCCUGUUGCCAGCUCUACGUUUGAGACAAUUGUCACCAAGUUCAACGACCAAGGACUCGGUCUUAUCGAUCUUGUUGCUCUCUUAGGACGUCAUACGAUAGGAAAUUCGAGGUGCAAGAGCUUCCGACAAAGGCUAUACAACCAUUCUGGAAACAGCGAUCUCGACCAGACUUUGAAUCAAAACUACGCCUCAAUGUUGCAGCAGGGAUGUCCUAUUUCUGGUGACGACCAGAACCUCUUUGCUCUCGACUAUAUGACGCCAAAUAAGUUUGAUAACUACUACUUCAAGAAUCUGAUGACUUUUAAAGGACUCUUGAGCUCUGAUGAGAUUUUGUACACAAAGAGUGGAGACUCCAUGGAGCUGGUCAAGCUUUACGGGGCUAAUGAGGAAUUGUUCUUUGAGCAGUACGCAAAGUCAAAGGUGAAGAUGGGAAACAUCUCGCCGUUGACGGGGAGAAAUGGUGAGAUCCGGAGGAUCUGUAGGAGAGUUAACCAUUGAAAUGUCUAAUUAAGUUUCAUUACUAGAUACUUAGGGCAUAUGGGUUUGAUAUGAUUAACGUUUUCUUGAUAUGUGUAGAGGUUGAUUUCUUUUGAAUAUGUUUUAAUUGAUGAGUUUGGUGUGUAUGUGCGUUUGUUUGUUUUUGUUAACAACUACUAAGUUUGGUUUUUAGCAAAAAAAAAAAAAAAACUACUACUAAGUUUGGUGUUAGAUGCAAUAUACUACUUGUGCUUUCAUAUCAAAGUCACGUGGUUGAUUAAUAUUUCUUGUUUUAUGUAGAGUUUGAUUUCUUUUGGCACUAUUUUACUCUACUGAGUUUGGUGUUUGUUAUAAGUCAUCGAAAAUAUAUUGAUGAUUACCCAAAAAGAAAUGGAAAUUUUAUAUGGAACUUGGCUAUUUUCAACAAAUUAAAGUUUGGCAUAUAACUUCAUUAGGUACAAAAUCAUUCUCAAGUUUACAGAUAUAACCUAACUAGAUUUUGACUCACUCUGAUGCACGAAUUUUUUUUUCAUUCUUAUAUGUUUUUAACUUUUGAGAAUGCUAACAAAUUGAUUAUUUGUGUUCCUGUUGUAGAUUCGUAUGUUUCUGAGUUUUGAGAUUUAUGUCCCUUUUCAAUGUGUUUAGUUUUUGGACUUUUUAAUUUGUGAGAUCACUUUUUUUAUUUUAUAAAUAUACUUGACAAUCUAAUAUCUAAUCUAACUAUUAAAAUUGAAGUACCUU